CAAAGUAAACAAACAGCUCGCCUUCUCGUCAGUUCUGCUGCUUCUCUUCCAGGGCAAGCUCCAGCUUCAGGAGGAGGAGGAAGAUCGGAGGCGGAGGAAGCUGGCGAUGGGUUCCAAAUUGAGGCUGGUUCGUAGCACGAACCAGUCGCGGCGCUUCCGGUUCUUGUUACUCAUCGUCGGAUGCUUCAUCGUCACCGUGACCUUCUUGGUCGUCUCUAAGCCUCAAGCGCUUGUUUCCAAUCUCGGGUUCGGGACGUCGGCGUCGACAUCGCCGCCAGUUGCAGAUGGGGUUAGUAGCGACGACGAUGGAGUAAAUGGGGCCGAUUCAGCUGCUGUGAGAAGGGAAGAAGAGGAUGACGAAAGAGGCCAUGAAUCAGAGAGUAAUAAUGAGAAAGAGGAGAAUCUCUCAGGGGAGAAGAACAUCGUUGUAGAUGCAAAUCCAAAGGAAGAAGUCCAUGAGCAUGAAUUAACAGAGAGCAGAACCGAAAGUGAGGAACAUAGCGCGAAAUCUGACGAUCCUGGAUCGAGUCAAGAUGAUGCACCUGGUAGACUGACACUUCCUACAGUUUCCAAUUAUAGCAUUGGUGAUCAUACUCAACCAGAGAGUAACACCCCAAUUGUGUCUGAGAAAUUAGGUGAACAGAUCCAGACUCCUGAAAGAAAGCCAUUGUGUGAUAAUUCAGACCGACGAGCAGACAUUUGUGAAAUGAAUGGGGACAUUAGGAUUCACGGAAGCACUUCAUCCGUCUUAUUUGUGGAAUCAUUGAAGAUAGAACAAAGUGAAGCUUGGCAAAUCCAUCCUUAUGCUCGCAAGGGUGAUCAAGCUUGCUUCAAUGAAGUUCGAGAACUCAUGGUCAAGGCAAGUAAUGAAGCGCCUCAAUGCACCACCAAUUAUGAUGUCCCGAGCAUAGUUUUCUCCAUUGGUGGGUACGCUGGCAAUCUCUUCCAUGACUUUGCAGAUCUGCUCGUUCCACUCUUCUUGACCGCUCGUCAAUUCAACGGCGAGGUCCAAUUUGUUGUUACCAACCUGAAAAGCUGGUGGAUCACCAAGUUUAAUCCAGUGCUUCAAAAACUCUCCAAGUAUCCGGUAAUCAACUUUGACCUGGGCAAUGAUGUCCAUUGCUUUAAGCAGGCGAUCGUCGGUCUUCGUGCUCACAAUGAGUUCCAAAUUGACCCAGCAAGGGCUCCUAAUGGCUACACCAUGGUUGACUUUGCAAAGUUUAUGAGGAGUGCCUUCUCGGUGGGUAGAGAAACAGUACCCAACAUCGAAGAUCUAUCUGCUCGAAAGCCACGACUGCUCAUCAUUUCACGGAAACAAUCAAGGAUAUUCACAAACAUAAAUGAAAUUGUGGCAACGGCUGAGGAAAUGGGAUACGAGGUGGUGGUGAAUGAGGCAGAUGUGUCAUCGGGAAUAUCUCAGUUUGCAGAAAUUGUGAAUUCUUGCGACGUGAUGGUGGGGGUAUACGGAUCUGGUCUCACUAAUUCGGUAUUCCUCCCACAAAAUGCAACAUUGAUUCAGGUGGUGCCAUGGGGUGGAUUGGAGUGGAUGGCCAGUAACAGUUACGGCGAGCCGGCCAAGCAAAUGGGCCUCAACUAUGUGCAAUACAGUGUUGGCAUUGAAGAGAGCUCUCUGCUGGAGCAGUACCCGAAAGACCAUGCCGUAUUCACCGACCCUGCAUCGAUCCACAUUCGCGGGUUUCAGGAGAUGAGAUCCACCUUCUUGGAGAAGCAGAAUGUGAAGCUCGACAUCAACAAGUUCAGAGAUGUGCUGUGGAAGACACUUGAGCAACUAAUCCAGUAGCUGAUCGGAUUAUCAGCUUUAGAAUUCAUUGUUUUGGUAGGUCAGGGUAUGAUCGACCUGGUCGAGGGACACAUCUGAGACUGGGCACUUGUCUUCUUCUUGGUUGAAUUGUAUCUUUUCUAUUCUUGUUUUCAUUCCACUUGGUUGGAGUUGAACCAUGUAUACAUAACCUCAGAUUAUAUUUAAGACAUGGAAAACAAACAUCUAUCUUUGGAGCUGUGCCAUUCA